UGCUAUAGGGAAACAUUCCUGUCCUUGUGGCCCCUUCAGCCAGUUCCCAGCUCCCCAGACUGAGAUGUAUGGCUGCAGCUCACCACACGGCUUCUUUGGGACGGCUCUUGGGGAGGUUUUGGAGGGGCUCCAGGGGCUGGGGAGAGCUGUGGGGAGGGAUAUAGGGGGCUGGGGGAGGAUAUAGGAGAAUGUGGUUGUACAGAUGUCUGUAAAAACAAAAGGAAAAGAAAGGAAAGAAGAUAACGAAAAAAAGCCAAGUAAAAAGUGAAGAAUAAGAGCUAAGAGAAGAAUGGCUGGCAAGAAAUACGGAGAGAGCAAUGCACAGCAUUGCGAAGGAAAGCCAGGCAAGAGUAGCAGCAAAAAGCAGGAGAAUCCAGACGAAUUCCGUGAAGAGCAGGAGAGCGGUCCCAGCGGCGCGUUGCACGUGGCCUGCAGAGAGCAUUUGGAAAGCUGCCUUUGUCUUUGAAGGCAGGAGAAAUCAGCGGUGUUGUAGUUUAUGCAGUGGGAAAGCAGCCCUGGCCACUCUUUGGAGGAGAGAACCUCUACGUUUGCCGUUUGGACCAUGUCUUUCCCCGACCUGCCAGCAGUCCUCGCAGGUCCUCUCGGUGAAGUACCAAAGCGGAGUCCUGUUGCUGAGCCUGGGCUGGAUGCCAGAGAAAGAGGCAUGGAGAAUUGGAGAAUAUCCGCAGAGGCUCUGCCAUGUCCUGAAGGAAAUGGUGGAGGAGAAGGCAGCACAAGGUCCUGAGAGACAGAAAGAGGCAUGGAGAAUUGGAGAAUAUCCGCAGAGGCUCUGCCAUGUCCUGAAGGAAAUGGUGGAGGAGAAGGCAGCACAAGGUCCUGAGAGACAGAAAGAGGCAUGGAGAAUUGCAGAAUAUCCGCAGAGGCUCUGCCAUGUCCUGAAGAAAAUGGUGAAGGAGAAGGCAGCACAAGGCGGGUGUCUUUCUGUCUGUUCACUGAAAGACUGGGGAAGCGGAGUUUCUAGAUAGAUACAUGGAUGGGAUGCAGGUGCUGGGAUGGUGCUGGGAUGUCCUUCUAUGGUGCUGGUAUGGAGUAGGCAUGUGCUGCGAUGGUGCUGGGACGUCCUGGGUUGUGCUGGGCUGGUGCAGGGAUGGUGUGGAACGUGCUGGGUUGUGCUGGGAUGGGGUGGGAUGUUUUUGGAUAGUGCUGGGAUGCUGUGGGAUGGUGCUGCGAAGUGGUGGAAUGUUCUGUGAUGCAGCUGCUGGGAUGAGAUGUACUGGGAUGUUUCUGGGAUGUUCUGUAAUGGUGUGGGAUGUGCUUGAAUGGUGCUUAGAUGGUGCUUACAUGUUGCUGGGACGGGCUGGGAUGUUACCUGGAUGUGGCUGGGAUGUGCUGUGAUGGUGCUGGGAUGAGCUGGGAUGUUGCUUUGAUGUGCUGCGAUGUGGUGGGAUGUGCUGGGAUGCAGCGGCUGGGAUGAGAUGUGAUGUGCUGGGAUUUGCUGGGAUCAUCCUUGGACAUGCUGGAGUGUUGUGGGAUGGUGCUGGUAUGUACUGGGAAAGUGCUGGGAUGUUCUUUCAUGGUGUGAGAUGGUGUGUGAUGGGGCUGGGAGGUGCUGGAAUCAUGCUGGGAUGAUGCUGGAAUCAUGCAAAAUAGUAUGGGAUGUCUGGGUUCUGCUGGGAUGGUGGUCAGAUGUGCUGGGAUGAUGCUGGUUUGAUGCUUGGAUGUGCUGGGAUGGGGCUGGGAUCACAGAAUCACAGAAUUGUAGGGGUUGGAAGGGACCUCAAGAGAUCAUCAAGUCCAACCCCCUGCCAAAGCAGUUCCCUACACCAAGUCACACAGGUCGGCAUCCAGGCAGGUCUUGAACAUCUCCAGAGAAGGAGACUCCACCACCUCCCUGCAGCCUGUUCCAGUGCUCCGUCACCUCACUGUACAGAAGUUCUUGCACACACUGGUGCAGAACUUCCUAUGCUGCAGUUUCCGGCCAUUUCCCUUUGUCCUGUCUCCAUUCACCACUGAAAAGAGUCCGGCCUCACCAUUCUGCCCCCCACACCUCAGAUAUUUAUAGACCUGGAUCAGGUCCCCUCUCAGUCUCCUUUUCUCCAGGCUGAACAGACCCAGUUCUCUCAGCCUUUCCUCAUAGCAGAGAUGCUCCAGGCCCUUCACCAUCUUCGUGGCCCUCCGCUGGACUCUUCCCAAGAGAUCCCUGUCUUUUUUGUCCUGGGGAGCCCAGAACUGGACUCAGUACUCCAGAUGAGGCCUUACCAGGGCAGAGCAGAGGGGGAGGAUCACCUCCCUUGACCUGCUGGCCACGCUCUUUUUAAUGCACCCCAGGAUGCCAUUGGCCUUUUGGCCACAAGGGCACACUGCUGGCUCAUGGCCAACCUGUCGUCCACCAGGACACCCAGGUCCCUCUCCGCAGAGCUCCCCUCCAGCAGCUCAUCCCCCAUCCUGUACCAGUGCAUGCAAUUACUCCUCCCCAGA